GUAAGAGAAGAUAUAAAUAGUUUUUAGGUAGCCUAGCACUCUCUUUGCCUGUGAACGAGUCGGGAAUUAUUUUAAAUGCAGGAGGCACUGCACUUGUCUUGGCUUCUCACCAUCGAUUUACUGUGCGCACAUAGGAAUGGUCUCAUUUUGUAAUCAGAUGUAUACAAUUAUAUAGGUAUUUCUGUGGGAUUGCUUUACAGUCAAUAUACUUUAUCUAAAGUGUUAUUGAAGGGUGGAAUCCUAAUUUGAGAUUCGUGCAUAACUACCACCACUGACAAUAUGAUUUAUGCGCACAUGUGUCAAAUUAUGAUUCGAAGAGUUUUAGAGCCUAUCGUUUGUUUGAAUUGACAAAUAUUCAUUUGAAACUAUAAGGACACUAUAAGGACAUCAAAACUGGAACUAUAACUUGGAACACACCAGAACGGGACAAUAAUAUUUAAUUCAAACCUUUCGAAAAUGAUCUUGCAUUCGAGGCUUGUUUUAAGUUGCCUGCGACCUGUUUAAAGACUCAGGCAGCUAAAGCAAGUCUGGGACGCCAGACACAACUCUUCUGAGAGCAGCAGCAGCGGAACGCGUGGAGAGAGAGGCGUGGUGGGGACGUGGAAUAUUAUCGCCUACUCCAUGAGUCAUAUAAUAGCCUUGCUUAGCAGUCACAUACAUACUCUCUGGUCUCAUAUCGUUUGCUCCUGUUAUCUUUGCCCUAGACAACUAUGACUUGAUAACACAUUUUCGUGAAAAUAUUACAUUUGCAUCAAUGCAUGUUGAUUUACAAGAAAUGUAAUAUGUUGUGUUUAUUAUGUGCAUUUAAUUAUUGUCCGGUGUUGUGAUUAGAAAUACGUAUUAUGAAGUUGGUAAAAGUAUCAUAAAACGUGUACAAAAUCUACAAUUUGCUGUACAUUUUGCAUGUCCAUGGCAUAUGACAGCUAAUAAAGUGUUUGCCUUAAAUACUGUCAUUCCCUUUUUAUUACACUUACUCACUGCAUAUUUUCACAGCUGAUCUCAUUAAUGUUAUCUGCCCACAGUGUAUAUUUCUUCAUAUUCCUUAGGCUAGGACUAGGCCACGUUUAUAUGGAUACAGUUAUUGUAUUUCAAGGAAAAUCUUAAUAAAGAAAAUGCAUUGUCAUUAUUAUAAAAAUACUUAUUAUUAUUUCUUAUUAGUAUACGAAGCCUCUGUAUUAUUAGGCAUAUUCAUGAUAAUGGGUAUGUCUCUGAGUAUGAUUGGGAUUCCUUAUAUUAUUAUUACUAGGCCUAUUGUUGUUAUUAUUAUUUGUAGGCCUAUUGUUGUUAUUGUUAUGCUAUUAUUAGGCUAAUGGGCUUUUUGUGGAUCAUGGAUGGGGUCUUGGGAGGCAGCUUGGACGCUCGUCCUUGCAGGAUUGCUUUUGAUUAAUAGAGAAUUGUUCUCUCGUGGCUUUACAUCGAUAAACAUAAUUUAAGAUAUUGUUUUAGAUUCAGCCUCAUUACACUCCGAUUGUAUAUAGCCUUAUGCCUAUAAACAUAAGGUCGGUGAUACAUUUUUCUUGUUUUCCCAGGUGCAUUGAGGCGUGUUUUUAAGGUCAAUAUUAUUUUCAUACAUGAAAUAGGCCUCUGUGUUUGCAAAGAGGUAAAGAGGCGGAAAAGAGAGGGGAUCUGAACUGGUUUUCCAUGUCAAACACUUCAAUUCUCCAUAGAAACUCUGAUCUUAACGCGGAAACUUUAUUAAACCCUGAUGGUGGAUUGAUAAGACCGAAUUUCUCUCGGAUCUUUUUAUUGUGGAGACCGGGGAGAGAUGACAGAGGCAAAUUGCUCUUUUAAUUAAAGCAAUGCACCAGAGGAAAUUGCUGUCUGAAUAUUGUCUCCGAGAUGGGGUUUGUGACAGUUGCCUGGAAACUUCAAUCUGUCCCACAUUUAUUCCAGAUCACAGUUAUGAGAUAAAGUUUAAUAAAAAUCUUUGCCCGAAUGAAAUCCAACCCUUUCUUGAACAACAGCUACAAUGAGACAGAACUGCGGAGGAAACCUUAUGUUUAACAUGUAUCUCUCAGAUCCAACAGAAAAUCUGUUGAAAGAAAGCAAAGGUGCAUCCUGGAGUCCCAUAAACACAGGAGUGCAAAAAGGCAGUGGACAGAUUCAGCUAUGGCAGUUUCUCCUCGAACUCCUGUCAGACAGCGCCAACAUGUCCUGCAUCGCCUGGGAAGGGACGAAUGGAGAAUUCAAGCUAAUUGAACCAGAUGAGGUGGCCCGGCGAUGGGGCGAGCGCAAAAGCAAGCCCAACAUGAACUACGACAAACUCAGCCGCGCAUUGCGGUACUACUAUGACAAAAACAUAAUGACAAAGGUCCAUGGGAAGCGAUAUGCUUACAAGUUCGACUUUCACGGGUUGGCUCAGGUUUGUCAACCCUCAUCAACAGAGCAAGCUCUUUAUAAAUUCCAGAGUAAUUUUGCCCCCAUUCCCUUUUCAGGGAUUUCAAAGCUAAACCUGGUUGGUCCAGGCGUCGGUUCGUCUGGAUUCUCUUAUUGGCCGGGGUCGCCGCCGACUCUCUACCACAGUCACAACCUCCAACCCCCGGGACCGUUUGGUUCUGUGUCUGCCUCGCACAUCAGCUGCGUCAACAACAUCAACAACCUGAAUAACAUCAAUAACCACUACAAUUGACUCCUAUUAACUCUACCAAUAACGUUGUUAAAAAAGGCCUAAUCAUAAUUCACAAUGGUAGCUGAAGGCGCGCGCCUUUUUAAAUUAGGUCUCUGAAUUAUGAUUUUUCCUCUUGUGGACCAACAUUUUUUUUUAAAUCCUCAAUAAAUGGGCCUAUGGGAAAAUCAUGAAUCAUUUAUGGAGUGUUUAAAAUUUAAACACAUGCUUU